UGUUAAUAAGUGGUAACACUUUUUAUGACAUCAGAUUAGUUUUUGCAAAAUAAGAUUUUGCACAAAAAUAAAGCAAUUAUUUCGUCUCCCAAGGAUCUAGGACAUCGCAGUCGACGUGCCCACAAUAAUGGCCGAUCCCAAGUUUCAAAAUCUGCCGGGAAUAGCUUAUGACCAGCCAGAUGUGUACGAAACACCUGAUGAUCCCGAGCCCGAAACAUCCGACUACUACGAGGAGGAGCCCGAAAAUGAGGCCAUUGAGCGGUUGCACAUAUCCACGAGCGCCGCCCAUAAGCGUUUCAGCGGAGCUACUCUUGAGGGAAGUGUUGACUUUACGGACCGCAUCGGUCGUCGGGUGUGCCGGGGCUAUGACGCUCGAGGCUCUGGCGAAUACGAGCUGGUGGGCCUAGGGGAAAAGGAGACUCCAGUCCAGAAGUGUCAGCGUUUGCAGAUCGAGAUGAACGAGCUGCUGAACGAAGUAGCUGCCUUGCAGGUGGACCGCAAGAUAGCCGACGAGGAGAAGCAGUCGUACGACGCAGUGGCCACGGUUAUUAGCACUGCCAAGAAGGUUCUGGAGACCUUGAAAUUGGAACAGGUGCUUGGCAAGGAGCAGGUGCCCAACAGCAAGCAGGUGAAGGCGCUCAUCGGGCAAGUGGAGGAGUUCAAGCAAUCCGGCGUUCUAACGGCUAUUCCCACUCCUGGAACUGAUCUGGCAGCUACUGCCCGCGUGGCCAGCCUUGAGCAACGGCUAUCGCAGCUGGAAAAGGUGGUCGGUGCCCAGCCUGACAAACUCAGCCGACUCACCGCAGCUACCAACACCAGUAACGUUCUGGAAGCCGUACGCCAGCUCAGCACCAAAGCCGCACUGUUGCAGCCAGACAAGCUGGAUACUAUCGAGCAGCGCCUUACAUCUCUGGCUGGUAAAAUGGAUGCCAUUGCCGAGAAAUCGAGCGGAAGUGCCCAAGACGCCAAGCGCGACCAGAAGAUUACUGAACUUUACGACAUCGCCAAGCGAACUGAACCCGUAGUUGAGAUUCUGCCCCACGUCAUCGAGCGCAUGCAAGCCUUGGAAGCUCUUCAUAAAUAUGCAAACAAUUUCGCCAAGAUAAUAGCUGAGAUCGAACAAAAACAGGGAACUAUAACUACUAGCCUGGUGAACAACAAGGAACUGUUGCACUCCGUCCAGGAGACAUUUGCUCAGAAUCUGGAGACCAUUAACAGCAAAGUGGCUAAGGUGGAACAGCGUGUUGCAGCUAUUUCUUCAGCUAAAUAA